CAGUCGGCGUCGGGACGCGAGUCAUUUCGCGCGGCCUACUUUUUUUUCGCGAGCCUUGAAAAGAAGGAGCGCACCUUGACAUUUUUCGGGAUUUCCUCGAAACGUGUCUGGAUAGAAUUCUGCCGGUUAAACAAUACGUGAAACAUUCAAGGACAAUCGGAUGCUGUUCCGGCGAUAAUUCUUCUGCUCUUGUGAUUCUCAAUGAAAAGCAGUAAAGAGACGUGAGAUGAAAUUUGACUAACCCGUGAGAAUGAAGCCGCACGAUCAUGGAAUCGUCGUGGGGAACGGUGAACACAUGACGAUUUCUCGGCUAAGGCGGUCCUGGUCUGAAAAGGAUUGCCUGAUUGUCGACUUUUUGGAGUAUCUGUAUGGGCACCGAGAUGUUCCAGGACCGAUUACUAGCGAACCGGUGGUGGUUGAUGGUGGAAGAAAUUGGCUGUCUUUAAGUUGGGGAAAGGCUGAAAGAAGAGGGCCAGUGCCUGUCAUUGCUUACAGGGUUGACGCUUGGAUGCUCGGCAGCGACGGUGGUGCACGAUGGGUCGAGCUCGGUAUGACGCCGAUAAACGCGUUCGACGCGUUCAAUUUGAAACCGGGUGGCGAGUACAAGUUCCAAGUGACGCCAAGGAAUCGCUACGGAUGGGGCGAGUCGGUCACUAUGACGAAUCCUGUCAGGGUCAGCGAGACUGUCGAUCUUCCGGAGUUCACUAAGAUUUUACCAGGUCAGCUCAAGGUCCUCGAGGGGUCCACAGUCAAAUUGGAAUGCGAGAUUCGAACUGAUUCGCACGUGGAUAUAAAAUGGUACUACGAGUCAACGGAAAUAGACGUUGACGGUGAUACCAGGUGGUUGAUAUCUCGUAAUGGGUCCAAAUGUUGUCUUACGAUCGGAAAAGUUCAGGAAAUUGAUAGUGGCCGAUAUGUUUGCGAGGCUGGAAACUCGAUUGGGAAAGUUUCAUCGUUCGCCAGGGUGCUCGUCGUCGACGAUCCAAAGAUCAUCGAGGCUGACGAGAAACUUAAAUCCAAAGAAGAGACUGAAGACAGGCCACCGGAGUUCACGAUGAGAAUUCGUGACAGAAGGGUUCAGCAAUCAUACCCCGUGAGGCUCACGUGCCAAGUAAUGGGACAUCCAACCCCGGAAAUCACUUGGUUCAAGGAUGGGAAGGAAAUUCAUCAAGAUGAACGUCACGCGUUUUGGGACAACGAUUCCAAUUUCUACACCUUGGAGAUCAUUCAAGCGAUGCUGGAAGACUCUGGCUGUUACAUGGUAACUGCUAGGAACGUGAACGGAUCGGUGUCGUGUCGCUGUAUCCUGGUUGUGGACAAAGGAAUUCGUGCCUACAUAGCGCCGGAAUUCUUACAUGGCCUCGACCCUGCUUACACAGUCAAAGUGGGCGGUGAUUGCAGAAUGACUGCCCAAAUAGAAGCAUAUCCUAGCGUUGGCAUAGUAUGGCAUCGAGACGGGAUUCGACUGCGACCAAGCAGGAGAACAGUGAUGACUUUGAAUCACGAUGGCACCGUUGAAUUAUCUUUGGCGAGAAUCACUCCAAGGGACGCCGGCACUUAUUGUUGCACUGCCACGAACGAAGUUGGCUGCACCGAGACCUCGACGAGGGUGUCUAUUGUUGACAGUGACACGCAAGAGGAAAUAUCAACCGACGGUGUGCCAACCGUGACGGUCGCUUCAACGCCGGACAUACCAUACUCGAAGGAACCUCUUUUCGUCACGAAACCCUUGUCCACGGAAGCACUCGAGGGUGACACUGUCAUCAUAUCUUGCGAGGUGGUCGGCGAUCCUAAACCGGAAGUAAUUUGGCUGCGCGAUUUCUUGAAGGUAAACAUUCUACAAUUUUCACAAAUAUUAUACAUGCUAUUAUAA